AGUCUGCCAAUAGCGGCGCGUUACCAUCAUUAACACAACCAAGUGUUACUGAUGUGGGGCUAGCUCUAUAGUCCUCUACUGUCUUUUCGUCGGGAUAGAGGUGAUAUGAUUCACACUUUUUAACCCUUGUAAUAUACAGAUUUAGACAGUUUCGCGUUCAAAUAAUACCAAACAAAUAUUGUUAAAAAAAAGUGCGUGUAAUUUGAAAAAUAAAAUAAAAUACAUUUAGGCAAGUGUAGUGUUAAAAACAGUGACGAUGUGCGGCUGAACUAUAUACAGUGACGAUCAGAAGUAUGUUAAAAAGGUUUAUAAACCGUUAUUUAUGAUUUAUACGAAGCGGUGCAAGAAUCUGAGCGAUUCUACCGCGUCAAAUCAAAACCAAUGCGUUUCGAAACAGGAAUAGACACUGUCCUUGACUCUAGUAAGUCAAAAAGUAUUAUGGCCUACCACCCUUUCUUACAACUACCCAGACAGACAGACUUCAGUGUAUCGUCUCUACUAACGGCUGCCAAUAACACGAACACCUCGUCGAAUUCCCCUACGACUCCCGGAUUCUUUCCGACGGCAGCUUUAGCCGCUUUCGGAGCGCAACAAACUGGCCACGGUUGUUAUCCUGGGACUUUGAUACCGAAGAUUAAUCAUCCUCAUGCUCAUCACGCUCUUAGCGGACAUCCGUAUACCACGGCGGAAGAUGUAGUUUUGGCGGCGGUUGCUGCACAUAAUCACCAUCCGGCUAUGGUCAGGCCGUUGAGGGCGAUACAACCUGAAGAAGAUGGGGUCGUCGAUGAUCCCAAAGUGACUUUAGAAGGUAAAGACUUGUGGGAAAAGUUUCAUAAAUUGGGUACUGAGAUGGUGAUAACGAAAAGUGGAAGGCGCAUGUUUCCUGCUUACAAAGUACGCGUUUCGGGCCUAGACAAAAAAUCCAAAUACAUACUUUUAAUGGACAUCGUUGCCGCUGAUGAUUGUAGAUAUAAAUUCCAUAACAGCCGAUGGAUGGUAGCCGGAAAAGCCGAUCCCGAAAUGCCUAAAAGGAUGUACAUCCACCCGGAUAGUCCCUCGACCGGCGAGCAAUGGAUGCAGAAAGUUGUAUCUUUCCACAAACUCAAACUAACCAAUAAUAUAUCGGAUAAACACGGUUUCACGAUAUUAAAUUCAAUGCACAAGUACCAACCGAGAUUUCACUUAGUUAGAGCUAACGAUAUUCUAAAACUUCCUUAUUCAACGUUUCGAACGUACGUCUUCAAGGAAACCGAAUUCAUUGCAGUAACGGCGUACCAAAAUGAGAAGAUAACGCAAUUGAAAAUUGACAAUAACCCCUUCGCCAAAGGAUUCAGAGACACGGGUGCAGGAAAGCGGGAAAAAAAACAGGCAAUGCUAGCGCAAAGGCAUACAGACGAUAAAACUUCGCAUCCUCUACCAGCCCGAAUGUCAGCUGAUAGUAGUACUGUGUCCAAAACGGAUGAUUCCGAAUUAGACGUCGUAGGUACGGCCGAUAGUCCAAGACCAUCUUUGCAUUCUUCGACACCCAUAACCUCAUCAUUGAAUCAAUCAGGUGUAGAAGAAGAUUCGAUCAGAAGACGCCUACAUGACGAUUCCGGAUCAGAAAGUAGUUGUUCGGAAUCGCCGGGUAGUACGGCGUUUCGUCCUCGUCCUUCGACAUCUCCUAAAGAUUCCGCUGGACCUUCGAAUCCAUCGGGAGAGUAUCCGUCUCCGAAUAUAAGUGUAGGACCUCCGAUUCAUCCACCGCCACAUUUACUUCCUUAUUUAUAUCCCCCUGGUAUCUACCCAGGUGCUGGUGGACAUUCACCAUUCGGUCCGCCGUUGAGUCUCUUCACCGGUUCCCAUAGUCCCGGUAUGAAUCCUAGUUUGUUGUUCAACGCUCAACUAGCCCUCGCGGCUCAACAUCCCGCUCUAUUUUCUCAUUAUCAGAAUCUCACACAUCCCAAUCCACACGGCCACCACCUGUCUCCUACUUCUCCUAUACAUAAUCACUUGAAGGGAGGACAUAGGUUCGCGCCUUAUACACUACCUAAUUCAACGACGGGAGUUAGUUCUUCGCCUCUUGGUAGUGCUUUCGAGACGGUUACUCCCAGUUCGCACACCAGGAGUCUCAGUAAUUCCCCAUCGGGGAAAAUUAGGGCGAGUUCUGUAUCUCCACCGCUAAGGCCGAAUACGACAUCUCCGAAACCUGAAACAGCGAGCUCGCCUAGUGAUUUAAAGAAUAUUGAGAAAAUGGUGAACGGUUUGGACGUGAAACAAAAUGAAAAUAUUGAUAAGUAAUUUUAUUAGUAAGCCAUAUAAUUAUUUUUUUUUCGAAAUCUUAAAUUAUACAUUUUACUAUCAAAAUGUUCCUAGGUCUUUUUAUAUUUUUCUUAAAUUAUUUCCAAUAUGGUUAAAUACCACCAAAGACUUUUAAUAUUUUAAUAAGUUGUUGGUUCUGAACGAGGAAAGUGUUUUGUCCACAUGCCUUUUACGGAAUUUUUUUUGUACGUUUUUCAUGAAGCUUAUCGAAUCUUCUUUGGCUUUGAUUGGAUCUGUUUUUGGUAAUUGCACCUGUUAGUAUAAAUUGAGUUUAUCAUUCCAAAUUACUUUUAUAAACUUGAGAAAAAUCAAUUAUCUUUUGGUAGUGUUUUUUGAAAACUUUGAGGCUACUUUCAACGGAUGAUUCUUCUGAUUUCCAUUCAGAUUUCUACCAUCCAGUGUCAGAUAUAGACAUAUUCUAGAUUUUUAAAGGCUUCUGCAUUUUUUUUGUUCUCAUUAUAGUCUAUGUCUUUCUUAAAUGUAUCGUUUUCUCUGGAUUUUACAUUUCCACGUAAACCACACCAUUUUUUGAGUAAUAGAGCUCAUGUAGAGAGUUUGACAUUCUCAAUCUUUUUGUUUUAAUAUUUUCAUAAAACUUUGUAUCUUGUACUUUCAACUGGUGAUACUUCAGAUUCUCAUUUGGUGCCUUCUUUUGCAUGUUACUUUCAAUAUUGUUGCUUCCUUAAAACAUAUUUCAUCUCAUUCUAACAACUAACAUUUUUCUUUGUUUGCGAUCCAAAGAAAAUCUUUUUGUUAUUGGGACUUCGUGAUUCUUGUAUAAAUAACUUUUCAUGUUUGUCGAAUUAGUAUGAAAUCCAAAUAUCUUCAACCACCGAUUGCUUUUUUCACAGCAUUUGCAUCUUGUGGUCUUCCAAAUUAGUCGGUCUCUGUAGUUUGUUUACAUCACGCCUGUCGAUAUCCGUGACAUUUUAGUAGAUUUACGAUACUUCACAUGAUCUGGAAGAACCGGAACAUUGAAACAUCGACGAAAAAUGGUUUUAAUCCUUAUAAUUCGAAAAACGCGGACAUCAUUCAGAACUGUACAGAGUUGUACUCAAUAUAACAAGCGAAGAUAAUUCAGUAAAAUUAAAUAUAACGAGGAAUUUAUUGUUUCGAAGUUUUAUUUGUAAUAAAUGUUUCUGGUUGCCUUUUAUCUACUGUUUUUAUAUCUAAAACUAUUUUUUUAAGCUUUUCAGUGUUCUUAUCGAACAUACCUCAAGGAUUUUGAAAAUCUUUUACGUCUCAUUGUCACACAUUACUUUGAAAUUUUUUAGAGUAUAUUCGAUUUUCUGGAUAUUUCUCGACUAAGAAGUCAGUUGAAAGUAAUUAAAAUCAUUUUUUAAACAUUUUUUGAUAGAUAUUGGAGUUUUUUAUCAAUUAUUUGGCCUCUCUCUGUGCUAAUCUCUAGCAGAACGUUAACAGAAUUUUCAAAUCGACUUAUUAAUGAUUGAUCUUGAAGCCACGGCUCCCACAUACAUUUAUUUAAGAAUAAUUUGACUUUCAAUACACCAUUUACUUCCACAACUCACAAAACUACUGAUUGUGAACGGGAAAUCCUACUAAAAGAUAAUUAUACUAAAAAUAUUCCGAAUUAUGUAUGAUACUAAAAUUGUAAGCGGUUUUGUUCAUUCCUAGGGAUUAAUCUUUCGUAUGAUAUUAUUUAUAUAUACUUUUGAAUGAUUCACUGAUUCUGGAAGACCUAAGUUGUAUUUAUUUGUCACUAAAGAUUCCGGAACUACUGCUUGCACUAAAUUCGUGAAAUUUGCAUUUUUGUGUUGAACCGCGUUGGAAAUUUCUUUUAUUUGAAACUAUAAGAAGUUGGAAAAUGUGGAAAUAUAUACAGAGCAAAUAGAAAAUAUUGACCUAGGAACUAUCUUGUACGGCACUUAGUGAACCUGUGAUAAAACCUUGUGGAACUCGACUUUAAAUUGCCGUAGAAGUUUAUCGGGGUGUUUUUGCAAUAAAAUGUGAAGCUCAUAAAAAUAUUUCCUAAUAAGAAAAUUAGUAAUUGAAUGUUGAUUUUUUUUAAACGUAUGAUGUAUCUGAAAUUCUGUUUACUAACCUUCUGGUUCGUCUGAGCAAUUAUUUAUUUAAAUAUAGAUAUAAAUACUAAAAGAAAGCAAAAUUGUCGAAUUUGAAUUACAUUGUACAUUGAAACGAAUAGCAAAGCAGUGCUUUUUUUACAAGCUUACCAAGUACAAACCUAUAUUUGUAUAAAACAUUUUUGAUAGCAAUAUUUAGUUUCAUUUCUUAUUGGUGCUGAUAUUUUUAGUUGACAAGGCACUGAAAUUUAUGUUGAGCGACAAUUUUCGAUCAGAUUUAACAUAUAUAUAAUACGAUUAUUAAGUUUAAGGAUAUAAAAAGUCCUAGUACUUAAAAAAGAUACACAAAGGACUGAUGUUCUUUACCUAUUAGAUGUUGAUGUCUCAUCUAGAAACUAUAUUUUUGUUUGUAAGAACGACUAAUAGUCACUUGUGUCAAGUUUGGGAAGAUUUUGUGGAUACGUUGAUUCAGAAGCAGAUCUUUUUGUUUUACUUUGUCACUUUCAGUUCUUCUAAUGUUUCAUUUCGUUUUCUAAGUUUUCAGUUAAUUUCUUUUUGCUUAUUUUCACAAAAUUUCAUUGUAUUAUGCGUUUUCACGUGUUUUAUUGUGGAUAAUUUGAUAUUCCGAAUCGUUUUACCAAACGUUCUCAUCGCUGGACAAUUAUGUCUAUAAAUACUUCUUAGAUAAGGAUUUUCUGAAUUUGAAGAUAUUUUUAAGUAUUUAUAACUCAUUUGUUCACUCUCCUUCAAUUUUCUUCCUUCCAGUUUAAAAAUUACAGUUCAAGCAGUGGGUUUGACAUUCCCAGUCGUUUUUAGUAACUCUAGAGAAAAUCUGCAUCUGCAUUCUCGUUUGGUGAGACUCUUUGAAAGUUCUAGAGCUAUUUUUAACUAUUUCUUCAUUCUCCUCCAGGUUUCCUUCAUCCAGUGUUUCAUAAAGUUAUCUUCCAACGUCUUACGUGUUUCUGUGAGAUUUCUAUUUUCAAUAUUGACUCAUCAUCUGUUUCUUUGUUUAAUUUUUUUUGGGUAUUUGGGCUUUCUACGUGUGCCACAAGCUUUUUUUACUGGAAAAAUAGCUCAAGCAGUAAAUUUGACAUUUCCAGUUGUUUCUAUACACACUAGAUGUAAUAAUGUAAACAAGUCCUUGUUUGGUAAGGUUUUUUGGAAAUUCUAGAGCUAUUUUUAACUAAAAACAGCUUUUUUCUCCAUUCUUCUUCAGUUUUCUUUCAUUCAAUGCUUCAGAAAGUUCUAUUCUACCGUCUUACAUGUUUCUAUAAUUUUUCUGAUCCGAAUAUCGACGUUUCUUCUGAAUCUAUUCAAAUUUUCUCCAAAAUUUUGUUAUAUUUGGACUUUCUACGUGUCUUACACACUUUUUUCGAUAGAAAAACAGUUCUGGCAGUGAGUUUGACAUCCCCAGUCGUUUUUAGUAGCUCUAGAGAAAAUCUGUAUCUGCAUUCUCGUUUGGUGAGACUCUUUGAAAGUUCUAGAGCUAUUUUUAACUAUUUUUUCAUUCUCCUCCAGGUUUCCUUCAUCCAGUGUUUCAUAAGGUUAUCUUCUAACGUCUUACGUGUUUCUGUGAGUUUUCUUUUUUCAAUAUUGACUUAUCAUCUGUUUCUUUGUUCAAUUUUUUUUGGUAUUUGGGCUUUCUACGUGUGCCACAAGUGGAAAAAUAGCUCAAGCAGUAAAUUUGACAUUUGCAGUUGUUUCUACACACACUAGAUGUAAUAAUGUAAACAAGUCCUUGUUUGGUAAGGUUUUUUGGAAAUUCUAGAGCUAUUUUUAACUAAAAACAGCUUUUUUCUCCAUUCUUCUUCAGUUUUCUUUCAUUCAAUGCUUCAGAAAGUUCUAUUCUACCGUCUUACAUGUUUCUAUAAUUUUUCUGAUCCGAAUAUCGACGUUUCUUCUGAAUCUAUUCAAAUUUUCUACAAAAUUUUGUUAUAUUUGGACCUUCUACGUGUCUUACACACUUUUUUCAAUAGAAAAACAGUUCUGGCAGUGAGUUUGACAUCCCCAGUCGUUUUUAGUAACUCUAGAGAAAAUCUGUAUCUGCAUUCUCGUUUGGUGAGACUCUUUGAAAGUUCUAGAGCUAUUUUUAACUAUUUCUUCAUUUUCCUCUAGGUUUCCUUAAUCCAGUGUUUCAUAAAGUUAUCUUCUAACGUCUUACAAGUUUCUGUGAGUUUUCUUUUUUCAAUAUUGACUUAUCAUCUGUUUCUUUGUUUAAUAUUUUUUGGUAUUUGGGCUUUCUACGUGUGCCACAAGUGGAAAAAUAGCUCAAGCAGUAAAUUAGACAUUUCCAGUUGUUUCUACACACACUAGACAUGAUAAUGUCAACAAGUCCUCGUUUGGUAAGGUUUUUUGGAAAUUCUAGAGCUAUUUUUAACUAAAAACAGCUUUUUUCUCCAUUCUUCUUCAGUUUUCUUUCAUUCAAUGCUUCAGAAAGUUCUAUUCUACCGUCUUACAUGUUUCUAUAAUUUUUCUGAUCCGAAUAUCGACGUUUCUUCUGAAUCUAUUCAAAUUUUCUACAAAAUUUUGUUAUAUUUGGACUUUCUACGUGUCUUACACAUUUUUUUCGAUAGAAAAACAGUUCUGGCAGUGAGUUUGACAUCCCCAGUCGUUUUUAGUAACUCUAGAGAAAAUCUGUAUCUGCAUUCUCGUUUGGUGAGACUCUUUGAAAGUUCUAGAGCUAUUUUUAACUAUUUCUUCAUUUUCCUCUAUAGGUUUCCUUAAUCCAGUGUUUCAUAAAGUUAUCUUCUAACGUCUUACAAGUUUCUGUGAGUUUUCUUUUUUCAAUAUUGACUUAUCAUCUGUUAUCUUAAUAUUUUUUGGUAUUUGGGCUUUCUACGUGUGCCACAAGUGGAAAAAUAGCUCAAGCAGUAAAUUAGACAUUUCCAGUUGUUUCUACACACACUAGACAUGAUAAUGUCAACAAGUCCUCGUUUGGUAAGGUUUUUUGGAAAUUCUAGAGCUAUUUUUAACUAAAAACAGCUUUUUUCUCCAUUCUUCUUCAGUUUUCUUUCAUUCAAUGCUUCAGAAAGUUCUAUUCUACCGUCUUACAUGUUUCUAUAAUUUUUCUGAUCCGAAUAUCGACGUUUCUUCUGAAUCUAUUCAAAUUUUCUCCAAAAUUUUGUUAUAUUUGGACUUUCUACGUGUCUUACACACUUUUUUCGAUAGAAAAACAGUUCUGGCAGUGAGUUUGACAUCCCCAGUCGUUUUUAGUAACUCUAGAGAAAAUCUGCAUCUACAUUCUCGUUUGGUGAGACUCUUUGAAAGUUCUAGAGCUAUUUUUAACUAUUUCUUCAUUUUCCUCUAGGUUUCCUUAAUCCAGCGUUUCAUAAAGUUAUCUUCUAACGUCUUACAAGUUUCUGUGAGUUUUCUUUUUUCAAUAUUGACUUAUCAUCUGUUUCUUUGUUUAAUAUUUUUUGGUAUUUGGGCUUUCUACGUGUGCCACAAGUGGAAAAAUAGCUCAAGCAGUAAAUUAGACAUUUCCAGUUGUUUCACAAACCUUAGACAAAGCAGUAGCUACAGAUUCUUAACUUUCAAAUGUGUUUUUUUUAUCAAUUUCCUAAUUCUCGUUCAAAUUUUGUUCAUAUAGUACUAGACACAGUCAUCUUCCAGCGUGUCUACAUGCUUUUCUUUUUCUCGCUGCCUCCAAUAUCGUCUGGUUACCUUUUUUUAUGUUUUUUUACUACAAAUUUCUCUGUAGUUUGGUGUUUCAUGUGUACCAUACACUUUUUUAUAGUAAAAAGACUUUAUGCACUUAGUUUGACAUCUACAAACAUUUUGAUCAUCUUGGAACAAAAUACUGGGAACUAAAUACUUCAUUGGUAAGACUUACUGAACACUGUACAGAUAUUUACAGAUUUAUUCCAUUUUUAUCGAUUUCAUGAUAAACUAGAGACAAUUCACAUCCUUAAAUCACUUUUUUUCAUAAUUGAAAAUUCUUAACCAUAACUUUUAGUGCCGAUAAUAGUGAUUUUGUAGACUGUAUUCAUAGAAAAAUGUACGAAAAUAUAUAAUUUGUUCCUUUUUUGAAUGUAAAAUUGAAAAAAAAUUGUACAUACCAUGUGUAAAUAGUUGUUUUUUUGUGUAAAUUGUAUAUGAUUCAAUAAAUCGAUAAAUAAUUCAAAAUAUCAUCCGGAAGUUAGUAGUGUUAGUACCAGAAAUUGAUUUAGACCCUUUAGUGCGAUACAAUAAGUCAAAAUACUAAUUUGUAACAAUUUUUUUCCACCUAUAAUUCGAAAAACUUCAUGAUCCAUGAUUAUGUUUCUAUUUUUAUCAUUUCUCGUAUUUUUUUUACUAAUUAAAGGCUCUAUGUAAGUCUGUAACAUUCAUUUUUACAUAGUUGUCAUAAUAUUUAUUUAAUAUAUUCAAGUUCUGCCUAUAUAUCAUUUGCUGCAUUUUUGUACACAUUUUAUUACACUAAAAAUUGUUUUUGGUACUAAAUUGUAUAUAUAUGUUAAAAAAACUUUCUUCCGGAAUCAAAUUUUAGCUCAAUACGAAAAGAAUAUUUGGUAUAUUUCAAAAAAAAAACGAAUUUCUUAUAAACGCUUUUUAUUUGUUCAAAUUUGAACAGUACCGAUACAAUGAAUAUAAUUUAUUUAUUGAUAAAAAUCAGUAGCUGGUACUUUUCAAAUAAUAUAUUCAAAGUAGAGAAAAAAAAUGUGAAGUGUCUUGUGUACAUGUUUAAGAAUUAAAACGAUAUUCAUAACAA